AUGUCCAAAAUUGUCAUUGUUUUCCUACUGUUUGCAAUUCUGAUAGCUGAUAAUUCAGCAAGAGAGAUUCAACGUACUAAACGGCAACCACAAGGAGGACAAACUGGGCAACGUCCAGAAGACGAUAUCGAUUCAAGAGACAGAAUGAUACAAAUACUGCCGCCGAGAAGAGGUCCAAUGGUUGCUCAAACGCGCGCAGGCGGCGCGCGCUGAAUCAGCGAGCGAUGUGCCUUCCCGCCGCCUGUGUGUGCAGUGCGCGCCGCCUAUGAAUUGAAGGUCCGCCGCCUGUG